CUGGGCCACAAUCCCCGGCCUCGGCGAUCUGGGAAGGGUUGUGUGUGUGUGUCUGUGGAGUGCGCCUGCGCAGCUGUGGACGCCGUAGGUCAACUUCUUGGUCUGGGGACCGGUACUGGAGGAGGGGAUUCACCCCAGGGCACGGGCAAGUGUGGGGCGCGACCCGCGGGAAUAAAAACAUCUACUUGCCUGGAGUUGGUGAGGCUGAGCCGACGCUGCCUGGAUCCUGUUUUUGAAACAUGAAUCCUUCACUCUUCCUGACUGCCCUUUGCUUGGGAAUAGGCUCAGCUGCUUCAAAAUUCGAUCAAAGUUUAAAUGCACAAUGGUACCAAUGGAAGGCAACACACAAGAGAUUAUAUGGCAUGAAUGAAGAAGGAUGGAGGAGAGCAGUGUGGGAGAAGAAUAUAAAAAUGAUUGAACUGCAUAACCGAGAAUAUAGCCAAGGGAAACAUGGCUUCACAAUGGCAAUGAAUGCUUUUGGUGACAUGACCAAUGAAGAAUUCAGGCAGGUGAUGAAUGGUUUUCAAAACCAGAAGCACAAGAAAGGGAAAGUGUUCCAAGAACCUGUAUUUGCUGAGAUCCCCAAAUCUGUGGAUUGGAGAGAGAAAGGCUAUGUAACUCCUGUGAAGAAUCAGGGUCAGUGUGGUUCUUGUUGGGCUUUUAGUGCAACUGGUGCUCUUGAAGGACAGAUGUUCCGGAAAACUGGCCAACUUGUUUCAUUGAGUGAGCAGAACCUGGUGGACUGCUCUCGGCCUCAAGGCAAUGAGGGCUGCAAUGGUGGCCUAAUGGAUAAUGCCUUCCGGUAUGUUAAGGAAAAUGGAGGCCUGGACACAGAGGAGUCUUAUCCGUAUCUUGGAAGGGACUCAGAGCCCUGUAACUACAAGCCUGAGUGUUCUGCUGCCAAUGACACCGGCUUUGUGGACAUCCCUCAGCGGGAGAAGGCCCUGAUGAAGGCAGUGGCAACUAUGGGGCCCAUCUCUGUUGCUAUUGAUGCAGGCCAUCAGUCGUUCCAGUUCUAUAAAUCAGGCAUUUAUUAUGAUCCAGACUGCAGCAGCGAAAACCUGGAUCAUGGUGUUCUUGUAGUUGGCUAUGGCUUUGAAGAAACGGAUUCAAGUAAAAAAUUUUGGAUUGUCAAGAACAGUUGGGGUCCAGAAUGGGGCUGGAGUGGCUAUGUAAAAAUGGCCAAAGACCAGAACAACCACUGUGGAAUUGCUACGGCAGCCAGCUAUCCCACUGUGUAAGCUGGUGGAUGGGGAUAUUAGAGGACUUAAGGACAGCAUAUCUGGAGGAAUUUUUAUCUUAAAACUGACCAAACCCUUAUGUAAGAUAAGACACUUGAAUCAGUGAAGAUCCAAGUUGUGAUUUGAAUUCUGUGACAUUUUUAUAAGGGUAAAACUUUACCACUACCUUAAUUGCUGUUAUAAAUAGCUUUAUAAUGUUGAAGACUCAUUACUUAAUUCUAAGACUUUUGAAUUUUCAUUUUUUCAAAGGAUAUAUAAAACUUUACCUUUUAAAAUAAAUUUUAACUCAACAUGUAGAGGUGGAACUUCUCUGUUUUCAAUGCGUUAACUUUUUGUGUAGUUAUAAAAUCUAAUUGGGCUAUAAAGAUAUAACUGGAUAUGCCAGUGGUGCAUUAGAAGGACGCUGGGUGGUUCUCAAGAUUUUCUAAUUAACAAAUAUGCAGAUUUUAUGUCAGCUGCCUAUUGGCUGUGUUGACCCAGCCCUGAAUCUAGCAAAACAUAACGAUCUGGAAGGGCAAAGGUAAAUUGUUUUAAUAAUUUAACAAUUCACUCUUUAGGAAAGUGAGAAGACAUUAAGAUCUUAGGUUUUAGACACUAGAAAAGGAGAUCCUCUUCCUUUGACUCGAGAUGGUUAAAACCUAGUAAGGUUAUGGGAAAAAAGUCUCAGAGCCAGUUACUGAAGCAUCUCCUUGAAUUGCUGGUAAAGACCAUGUGACUACUUUGCAGUUGAAUAAGGACCAGAUUCUGGAUUACCAAGUCUGUUUUAUCUUUGUUCUGCCAAGUCUCUGAUGGCUUUCACAUAACUCUUCUAGGAAAAGCCUUAUUUGUUGCCUAGUGUUAGCAAAAGUAUAUUUAAUGUCUAUGAUGAACAAGUCUGUCAUGUUUGAUAGUAACUGGAAAAAUGUGUUAAAGAUCCACAAGAGAUGAGUGUGGACUACAAAAAUAGGCUUCUGGCCUAGGAAGAUCACUGGGUCAAAAUUGGGGGCUUAGCUAGCUAUGUAAUCUCUGAAUUAAAACUAAACUUGGAAGGGAAAAAAACAGCCUAAGCAUAUGGUUGCACAGGUAGUAAAUACAAAUAAGACAAUAUAUUUGUAUAUUUAAAAGAUGGAAAGAAAAUAUGCCAAACUUUUGAGUGGGUUAUGGAUGAUUAUUUUCUUUAACCUGUUCCACGGAAGACAUGUAUUUUUAUUAGUAGGGGGAAAAUUGUGAAAAUAUACCUACAUUCUGCAGGCCAAAGAA